UUCACUUUCACCUUUCUAGCUGUCUACUAUGUACGUGUUAAAAGUUAUCGAUGAAUCGCUUGGCCUUUGAAAUUUGACUGAAAAUAUUUUUAUUAAACUCUAUUAUUUAAUACGUAUCUAUGGUUUUAACUGACUAAGCAACAUCAAAACAUCGGCCUCAUCAACAAAUAGCUGCUUUGCGUCACAUUUGCGAACAAAAACACCGGACCGGAGGGGGCAUAUAGAAUGUUGAGAAACGCACAACGUUUGUUCCAAAACAUAUCCGCAAAAUGCGGCGCACAGGCAGUCUCUGCGCGAGGCAUCAAUCUUAUACCAAUGGUUGUAGAGCAGACGGGUCGAGGUGAACGCGCCUAUGACAUAUUCUCAAGAUUACUUAAAGAGCGCAUUAUCUGCCUGAUGGGCAACAUAACCGACGACAUCAGCUCCACUGUGGUGGCUCAGUUGCUGUUUUUGCAAUCUGAGAAUGUCAACAAACCUAUACACUUGUACAUCAAUUCGCCGGGCGGCGUUGUCACCGCUGGCUUGGCAAUAUACGACACCAUGCAGUACGUGAAGCCGCCCAUAGCUACGUGGUGCGUUGGACAAGCCUGUUCCAUGGGCUCGCUGCUGCUGGCAGCAGGUGCACCAGGCAUGCGCUACUCACUACCAAAUGCGCGCAUCAUGAUACAUCAGCCCUCUGGUGGCGCUCAGGGUCAAGCCACUGACAUACUUAUUCAUGCAGAGGAGAUUAUUAAGAUAAAGCGUCAGUUGACCAAAAUCUAUGUAAAGCAUGCCAAAAACAAUUAUGAGGAGAUGUGCUCGCGCAUGGAACGUGACCACUUUAUGACGCCCGAGGAAGCCAAGGUACUAGGCAUUAUUGAUCAUGUGCUGGAGCAUCCACCAGAAACAGUCUCAGACAGCGGUCCCAGCACUGACGCCACAGGCAAGACUGCAUCAUCGUCGGACUCUGAGGCCGAAAACAAAAAACGGAGCAAGCAGACAGCUUAAAAAAAACCAUAGCAUUUUAUAUACAUAGUUCCCCAACAAUCAAAUUAUCUUUCUUAAAAAUUCAAAUGUAGACUACCAGAAGUUA